AUGGCGAAGAGAGUAUACUUUUUGGCACACGGCGGCCAAGUGCAAGGCGUUGGAUUCCGCUACUUCACACGGAAGAAAGCGACCGAAUAUGGACUCACAGGAUGGUGUCGCAAUACAGAUAACAAUAAGGUAGAGGGCGAGGCGCAGGGUGAUGAGGACGCGCUGAAGAAGUUACUCAAGGACAUAGACGAGGGUCCGAGGUCGGCCAAAGUCGUCAAACUUGACCAGGAGGAGAGAAGUCUCAUUGAGGAUGAGAAGGACUUUUUAGUCAGGCGAUGA